CGGGGACCCCGCGGCGGAGGCUGGGGCUGGCUUAGAGCUUCCCAGCAGCUGUGACAGCGACCCGUAAGAUGGCUGCUGCCAUCCCCGGUGCUUUAAGACGGACUGUUAAGGUGGAGGAGCCGCUGCGCUCGGCGGCGGCUGCCCCAAGCUUCGCAGCAAAUUAAAAGGGAAAAAAUAAAAAAAAAAAAAAUCCGGUUUCGCUUAAAUUUAAGAGAGAAUGAUUUUUUUAAAAUUUUUUUUAAGCGUCUGAAUCAUGUUUUAGGAUAACAAAUAGGUGCUGUAUGGUAACAGUCACCUAAGAACCUCUGCAUUUUUUUAUGCCGGUUAGGUUUCUACUCUCCUCGGUCUUGAAAAUGAAACUGUUACUGCUUAGUUUCACUUUCAGCUUUCCCACUAUUCUUCGGUAGCAAAUGUUACAAGCAAAGAGCCCGUCUGGAACAACAUAUUGGCUCCUAUGAACCGCUUAAUGUCCAUGCCUGAACAUCGACUCACAGUUUUUCUGGGAGCUGCUGUAGCCUUUACAUCCCCCAAUAUGUUUUUCUUUUUUUUUUUUCCUCUCCAAAUCACCAGCUUCUCCUUUAAGCGGUAAGCUAAUGAUAUUUAACACAGCAUUAGGUUUGCACACCUGCAUAUAAAUUAAUUACAAGUUUCAAUUCUGAAAAUAUGUUUACUAUUUUCACACAGGUGAGUAACACCACUGGUAUUUAUUAAGGCCACUCAGCAUGCAUUUAUGUCUGAAGCUGCACAGGCGAGUGUUCACAGGAUCACAGCCUAGGCAAAUGACCUUAUUCUUUCACCUCAUUCUUAAAGGUCCUUAAAAGCCUGACAAGUUUUUACUUCCAUUAAAGUAAAAUCAAAGAUGAAAGUUGUUAGGAAGCAGAUACUGACUUUGGUUAAAAGCCUGAAUAUUUGUUUACAUUUCAUGGUGUGUUUAUGAGGUUCUAAUGGGAAAAACACUGCUGUAUUGCAUGCAACAAGGCACUGGUUAGUAUAAAGGCAAAAAACACUUUUACUGCAGUUCCUUCUUGAAUCCUCAAGUGCAUGGCUGUCUUACAACACUACAUCUCUUUUUUUCCUUUUUACCUUGCUUCUUACUAGAUAACCAGAACAGUAAGUCUACCAGCCUGUGGCUACGGAUACAGUUACUAUAGUAACAUUUAUAAACACUAAUUUCACUACACAUGCAGAACUACUGCCUGCUACUGCAGAGGAGCGGCUUAGAAAGAAAUCACUCUUUAACUGCAAAUAGGAAUUACACUCCACUACCAUGUCUGGAAAGUAAUGCACAGAUACAGAAAAGCUGAUGAGGAACUACGUCAUAUUUACAGUUCUGACAGUGUGAAGGCACAGGGCUAUGCAUUGAAUCACAAGCAGGAAACAACUGACUGAAACCUCACUAGAAUGACAUGGGAAGAAAAAUCUCAGGACAAAUCAAACCCACCUGAUUUUGAACUUUCCAGAGAUCAGGAAGAUCACCUGGAGAAGGUCACAAUUGCACCUGAGAACAAUGAUUCUAAGCACAUUUCAAUUUUUUGCUCUGCAUGUCAACAAACAAUAUAUCCAGACCACCUUCUUUAUCAUAAAAAAACCCACAAAGCCCUAACUUUGCUGGGCUUUGAUAGCCCACAAACAAAAACUGACAACAAAACACUUUUGGCUCAGAGACAGCAACUAAUUUCAAAAUUGACCAAGAUUCCUAAAUAUUCUGAGACACAUAGGCAGAAGAUUGAUUAUUCAUUUGAAUUCCUUAUGGAUAACCACACUCCGACAUCAUAUCGUGAUCUUGCUAGUAUUAACAAUCCUAGUACUUUUAAGAAAGUAAAUAAUUCUUUAAUAAAAGCAUUAUCAAUUUGCCAAGAUAAAAAUUCCACAUGGCAGGGAGACAUGGAAGACAGAUUUAUUGUGCUCAACAACUAUGGAAAUAGGUCAGAUACAUGUUUUCUAGGGUUAGUUGAUGGCUCUCAUGGUGUAACAGCUGCAGAAACAGUUGCAGCAGAGCUUCCACUUUUAUUUCUUGACCAGCUUGCUCAAACAGAUUCCUCCUACAAAAAGAGUGAGGAUGAACAGCAAAUUAUAGAUUCUUUUGCCACAGUAAUCAAAGCAGAUUACAGGGAAAAAGAGAAGUUUUUCUCUGAUAAACCAGACAAUGGCGAGACCAACAAGACCAAUAUUUACGAAUGGAUUCACAAAGCAUAUGCCAAGUCCUUUUGGAGAAUGGAUAGACUUUUACGACUGGGAAGGAAUGAGGUUUCCAAAGUUCGCUGGAGUGGCUGUUCAGUGGUUACCUGUUUGGUGGAAAGAAUCCCCAGCAAAGAGACAGAUGGCACUGAGGAAGAAGGAAGAAAACAUUCUGAAAACAAUACACAUAGUCCAUUAACCAGGACAGCCAAAGGUGCUACUGGGUUACUACACGUUGCCAAUACAGGUAAUGCACAUGCAGUCUUAUGUAAGAAUGGAAAGAGUCACUGCCUCUCAAAAGAGCACAGCACUUCUAAUGUAAGCGAGAGAAAACGCAUACUUCAGAAUGGUGGAAACAUCAGCACUAAUGAACCAGAUGGAUUAGUAGAGGGGUACCUGAGAACUACAAGGGGUCUUGGACAUCAUGGCAAUCCAGUACUGAAAAGAUCUGUUAUACCUGUACCUCAUACCAUAUCUGUCCCUAUUGAUGAUAAUUGUCAGUUUCUUAUUUUAGCUUCUAAUGGGCUUUGGGAGGUUUUGGAUUACAAUGAAGUACUUGCAUUAACUCUAACAACAUUCACUCAUUAUUUGAGAAUGUAUGAACGUAUUCAACAAAGUGCACCUUCUCCAUGUAAGUGUCAGUAUUUGAUGCCCCUCACUGAAGACAACUUAAAUGACUCAAAGGCUGUUGAAGAUCUGCAACAUGGAAUAGAGAUACUGUAUUCCAAUAAAGACAUUCUUCUCACUGACUCAAAAGGUAACCUGCAACAAAAUAAGCCAAAAUGUUCUAGGAGGAACUAUUUGCCAAGUGAAGAUGGUGUGCUUAAGGAAACCAACGACCACAAAAAUCAAGCUGAUCCAGAACUGUCUCUUUUCAGUAACAAUGAAGUAAAUUCACAGAACAUAGAAAUAAAACAGUUUGAUUCUACCACACAAGGUGGCUCUGAAAAACUGAAACACUUUGAGGAAAGAAAAGUUUAUGUAUGUAACAUCUUUCAGCCACAGCCACAGACUGCAGAGCAAGAAGAAACAGACACUGACACUUUCUGUGCAACAGGUCCAAGUCGCACCCAUAAACAGCUGCAAGAGAAUGUACUGGCAAUAGGGUUUAAAGACAUGAAACAGCCCCCAAAAGAUAGAAAAGCAUGCCUAUCUCCAAAAGAUACAAAAGCAUGCCUAUCUAAUUAUGACUCAGGUCCACAACUGGCACAAAAAAUGGACUCCAAGAUAUUUUGUGACAAACCUGCAAGUUACACUGGUCAAGAACUGCUAAAGACUCUAUCACCAGUGGGUUCUAAAGCAGCAUCACAGUUUGAAGAGGACACAAAAACAUACCUGUCCAAUUGCAAAUCACAAACUGCGGGAAGAGGCAGAGUCACCCCUGAGACACUCUAUGACAAUGCAGCAAGCUACAUUAGCGAACAACUGGUAAAGACUGCAUUAGCUGCAGGUUCAAGAGAUAAUAUUACUAUUUUGAUUGUACUUCUAAAUGGAUGCGAUGAGAUACCCAAUUACCUCAACAUUUAAAAAUCUAUCAUAGGAUAACUGGAGUGCCACAGUACAUACAGUACAAGCUUAUGUUUAGCCGUGUCAUGUAUUUACUUGUAAUCAUCUUAAAUGCUGACCCAUACAGUAAAUCAGACAUCUUGUCUGGAACUGUGCAAAUGCAAUAAA